AUGCGCUUCUGGUGGCCGGAUUGGCAGCCUCGAGAGCGCUCGCUGUCUUCCGACAGCGAGUGCUCUACGGCCAGCCACUCUAGUCUCGCCAGCGAUGCGUCUUUCUAUAGCGCGGAUGCUGACGCAGAGAUUAGAGCGGCUGACGACUCUUUGGGGUGGGACGGUCCACUAGGGGUCGGGUUACCCAUUGUGGAUCCGCUUGCCCCCGUUUUGGACUCGGACGAGUCCCAAAAUGAGUCUUUUGGCGCCUCUCGCGGGGCGCCAUAUCUCGGCGCCGACGGCGCCUCAGACGGUGCAACUUCGGGCACGGGUAUAUCACCUGCGGCGCCCAUUGCACAGGCAACGACAACACGUGGCGACCCCUCGGGCGACCAGGCGCCAACCCGGUCUUCGAGCGCGACCUCGCGUCGUUUCGAAGAUCGGGCAGCGGACGGACGUCCGCUCGGCCAGCCAAUCAGCACGCCCGGUCCUCUUAUACUCGGUUUGAGUAUAGGAGGAGGGCCACGUGGCGAGAAUUCUCUUCCCUUCGCCUCCACUGCCAACGGCCACGAUGGCCUCGCGCCCCCUAUACUUGGUCUAAGUAUAGGGGAGCUGCAACCACCUUCGGCCGGCUCCCCAGUCGUCGGUUUGGACCCCUCGGUCCUCCACGCGCGCCGUUCGGCUGGCCACGACUCUUCUCUGGCCUCGCCCGGCCUUCAAGCGCGCCGUUUGGCUCUCGAAGACACCGCGAUUGUUGAGUUGGCACCCGGCAGGGCGGCAGGCAUGCUGCCCGACCCGGUCGUGCCCGGGGUAGCGCUGGCUAGCGCUCCCCAGCCCCCAACAAGCCACCAAGCGCGCCGUUUGGCUGUCCAAGACCCCACUUCGGCCUCACCCGGCCCUCAAGCGCGCCGUUUGGCUGCUGAAGACCUGGCGAUUGUUGUUUCGGCACCCGGUAGGGCGGCAGGCAUGCUGCCCGACCCGGUCGUGCCCGGGGAAGCGCUCGCAGCCGCCACGGCUCGCGCUCUGGGUGUUGCCCAUGGCCCCAGCGACCUCGAGGGCGUCCUUAGCGACGACGAGGACGCCUUGGAAGACCCCGUCGACGCUGCCAGCCCCUCGGAAGUCCUGGCGAGUGUGUUGCCUUCACCCGAAAGGGCAGGUGGCAUGCUCGCCGACCAGGGAGCCUUGGCAUGCCUCCUCGCAAGCAGUGAGGCCUGCAUGCACGACGGCCCCGCCACUCCACCCAGCACAGCCGUUGCCAUGGACGUGGAUGAAGGGGCCCUAUGGACGGCGCCGUCGCAGCACCCCCUGUCGCCGCCACGAGAGCUUCGUGUGGCAGGCAAGCGUCGGCGUCUCAACGACGUCGACGACGAAGACCAACGGGAGCUGGCCGAGCUCUCGCAGCUUGUCGACGAGGACGAGGCUGGGAUUCCUACCCUUGCGCUCAGGCCAUCCGCGGCCAGCACUAUACCGGCCUCUGUCCUCUCCGUGUUCGUGCACAACGCGCAACACUUCCAGUGCACGUUGUGCACGUACACGGCUGCCAGCUUCGCGUCCCUGACACGUCAUCGAGUCUCUAGGCACCGCCGCAUCGCCUUCAUGGACCGGUUCUCGGCAGGUUGUGCGUGUGGCACCCCCUUCACGUCGAGGCUGGCUGCAGCAACACACGCGCAAGCGUGCACCAGCCUUCCGACUACCAUUUUGGCUGCGGCUUCGUCGACGGGAGGAGCAUCAAGCCACACCGUCGUCGGCGCUACGGCCACUGUCUCAGCGGUCGCCAUCGUCGUGCCUGCCCUGCCUCACCAAGAUGUUUCGGAGCCCACAGCGUCCCCCCCCGCUCGUGAGCUUUUCCACCGUUGUCUUACAGGUGACCGAUGA